AAUAUUAUACUUCAUAGCUUGGACUUGAUAAUAGUGAACCCUCUGCUAGGUCAGCGACGACAGACGUACACUUGCAGCCUUCGGAAGCUUGGUAAGCAGAGAGAGAGGAGUGAAGCCAGAGCAAAGCGCCGGGGUUGUCGGAAAAGCUGGAAAGCACCCUCACGAGCUCGAUAUGAAUUACAACUGAGCCCACUAUAAAAUUUACUAUCUCCAGACCAGUGCUCACCACAUUCUCUAGCAGCAUUUCAGGAGCGCGACUAUCCUUCCCCGCGAUCAAGCGCUCACUUCAUCACUGGCAGGUUUCGAUUGCAAUCCUUUUUGUGCAGGAGAAGGGAGAACACCUGGAACGGAGGAUCACACACGAAAGAGAACUGCCUGGCAUGCGAGUUUGAUGCUGUAGAGUUGGAACUUGCGAUAGCUAGAUUUCUAUAACCAUGACAAAGCCAACUGUUAUUGCAUCGUACGAGGAGCGCUGCCUAGUGGCUCCUUCUCCGGAGGUGCGGCAGCAGCUUCUGGAGCGGUACGAGCAGAUCAAGAACAGUCUUGCACCGGAGGCUUCCAUCCUGCGCCAGGUUCUGCGCCCCGUCGAGAGGCGCCCCGCGGGAUUCAACGAUGGCGUGGUGCGACCCCCGAGCACCUUCAGUCCCGGCACCCCCCUACGAGCUCAGCUCGCGGAACGAGCACCCCUGCGGGGCGCUGUGAACGUUGCGGUGAUCAUGGUAGACUUUUCGGACAAAAAGUUCUCUUCAAGUCAGACGAAGGAUCACUUCGAGAAGCUGUGGUUCGAGGAAAACACCAACAGUGUGAAAGAUUACUACCGCGACGUUUCCAACGGCGCUGUGAGCAUCCAGGGUGAGGUUGUGGGGCCACUGCGCAUGCCCCGGCCCAUUUCCUACUAUGCCAACGGGCAGAAUGGGCUGAGCGAUCGAACUCCAAAUGCGCAGGUCAUGGCACGAGAUGCUGCAGUCCUCGCAAAUAAAAAUAUAGACUUCUCGAAAUACGACAACGACAAAGAUGGCUACGUCGAUGCAUUCGUGAUCAUUCACGCGGGAAGCGGCGCGGAGAGGACGAGCCAGCCGAACGACAUCUGGUCUCACAAGUGGGUAAUCAACCAAGGGGCUUACCAAGCCGACGGCACGCAGAUCUACUCCUAUCUUACCGUCCCAGGGGAUUGCAAGCUCGGAGUGUGUGCACACGAGCUGGGCCACCUCGCAUUCGGGUGGCCAGAUCUGUAUGACGCUGAUUAUACCUCGUCGGGAAUCGGCGACUGGUGCCUCAUGGCCGCCGGGAGCUACAACGGCAACGAGAACAAUCCUUCGGUGCCGUGCGCGUGGUGCAAAGUGGACCAAGGGUGGGUGGAGGUUAUCACGCCCACAGAAACGCAGAAAAUAUCUCUCCCCGAUGUGAAGGACGAGCACAAGGUGCUGAAGUUAUGGAAAAACGGCGCCCCGCAGAGCGAGUACUUCCUAGUGGAGAACCGCCAGUUGAAAGGGCGCGACAAGGAUCUGCCCGCGGGAGGCUUACUGGUGUGGCACAUCGACGAUUCGGUAGAGGACAACACGAACGAAGCGAGAGGCUACAAGGUGGCGCUGCUUCAGAGCGACGGCGAGAGGGAUCUGGAGCGGAACGAGAACCGUGGCGACAGCGGGGACCCAUUCCCGGGGCAGAAGAACAACAGGCGCAUCACCCCCACUAGCAAUCCGUCCACCAAGGCCAACAACGGCGCCGCGACCGACGUGUCCAUCACCGACAUCAGCACCCCUGCCGAUGUCAUGACGUUCACGGUUAGUGUCAGCGAGCAGAGCGCGAGCGCUCAGCUCGCAGGCAAAAUCCAUCUGAGUACCCACUAGAACCAGCGCUACUCGAUCAGUCCACGUUUCCCCCAACGCGAGAUCUGUUUGCAGAGUGAUAAGGAUCACACGCAACCACUGAAUGCAUCAAUAACAUGGAGAAUCGAAAGGGGGCGCCGAAUCGCGAGGAUUGCCUCACCAUCCCCUCUUUCUUUUCAAUAAUAUGUGACUUACCCUUCGAAACGAUGAUCAAUGCAGUAGUACUGCUGGAAAAUUUUACUCGGGAAAUAAAAAGUCUGAUUUCUGUGA